AUGAGGUACUUGCCGAUUGCUCCUAGACUCCAAAGGUUGUAUUUGACAAAAAAUACAGCAAAGCAAAUGACAUGGCGCUAUGAACAUCAGAAAGAACCAGGUUUGAUGGUCCAUCCAAGUGAUGGUGAGGCUCGGAAGCAUUUCGACUCAAUGUAUCCAGAAUUUUCAAGUGAACCACGAAAUGUUCGCCUUGGGCUAUGCACCGAUGGGUUCAGUCCAAAUAACUCAAAUACAACCCCGUAUUCAUGUUGGCAUGUUUUCCUUUCAAUUUAUAACUUGCCUCCUUGGAUGUGCUUAAAAGAACCAUAUGUUCAAUUAAGCAUAGUUAUUCCUGGAAAAAAGAGCCCAGGUCAAAAUAUAGAUGUGUUUCUCAGGCCGCUAAUUGACGAGUUAAAGAUGCUAUAUAUAGACAGUGUUGUCACUUAUGAUGCUUCGACUAAAUGCAAUUUCACAAUGAAAGCUAUACUUCUUUGGACAGUUAGUGACUUUCCUGCUUAUGCAAUGUUAUCGGGAUGGAGCAUACAUGGCAAGUUAGCAUGUCUAUAUUGUAUGGGAUUUCUGGCUAAUAAGGUUGAGAGAUCUAGCCCCCCACCAAUAUUAACUGGUGAUCAGAUUUGGGAGCAAGUACGACACUUUUCAACUGCUUAUGAAGGCAAACCUUUUAGAGCGAAGAAUGCAAAAUUGCCUGGUUUCGGGAUUACUCAUAAUUGGGUUAAGAGGAGCAUCAUUUGGGAGCUACCAUAUUUGUGGAAGUUGUUAAUACGAAACAACCUUGAUCCCAUGCACAUUGAGACAAAUGUGUUUGAAAAUAUUUUCAACACCGUGAUGGACACUCCAAAAAGCAAAGACAACAUGAAUGCAAGAAAAGAUAUAAAAAUGUAUUGCAAUCGAGUGCAAUGGCAUACAUGGAAGAAGGGAAAUAAGGAUAUGAAAAAGAGAGCAUCAUUUGCUUUGAGCAAAGAAAAAAGUCACGAGUGCCAUGUAUUUCUUCAAAGAUUUUUGCCUAUUUCUCUAAGAGAUGACUUACAACGCUCACAAACUACUAUUGUUGAAACCAUUUGCAAGUUGGAAAAAAUAUUUCCACCUGGAUUCUUUGACUCAAUGGAGCAUCUUGUUAUCCACUUAGCUCGAGAAGCUAUGCUUGGUGGUCCGGUUCAAUAUAGGUGGAUAUAUCUCUAUGAAAGACUCUCGAUUAAGCAUUUUCAAAGUUCUAUCUCGAAGAUUAUUCAAAAAAGUGGUCAACAGAGGCCUUUGACAGACGAUGAGAUGCGUAUUGCUCAUAAUUACAUCUUGAUCAAUUGUGUUGAGGUUCUACCUUUUUUAAGGUUGUUUGAAAAUUAUGUGAUCCAAAGCCAACCUGAUAUGGAUGAUAGAGCAUUUGAAAGGUUUAGGGAUCAACAUUUUGCUAAGUGGUUUAAAGAUCAUGUGAGUAUGAUACGAGCAAAAUUUGUAUUACUAAAGUUUUUCAACAAUCAAAUGCUAUCAGUCAACAUCUUAAAUGCCUUGCAUGAGGACCGUUACGACAUGUUAGGUCCUAUAAAGGAUACUUUGUCAAUGAUUGAGUGUGACUAUUAUGGGUUGCUGGAUGAGGUCUUGGAAGUAGAAUAUCAAGGCAUAGGGCGUUGCGUUGUAGUAUUGUUCAAGUGUACAUGGUUAAACCCUACUGAAGGGGUACGUGUGGAUCAAAAGCAUAAUUUGGUUGAUAUUAAACACAAAUCAAGGCUAAGAAAUGAAGAUCCAUUUAUCCUAGCGUCACAAGCAGAACAAGUGUAUUAUGCACCAUAUCCUGCAAUGAAGGAUUUGAAAGAUUGGUGGGUUGUCGUCAAGACGAAGCCAAGGGGUGUAUAUGAUCUACGACAAUGUGUUACUGAAGAAGAUGACGAUGAGGAUGAAGAGGACCAAUUCUUUUAA